AUGAUGGACCGGCACAAGGUCACAGUGGUAGACAACUUCUUCACGGGCCACAAGCGGAACGUGGAGCACUGGAUCGGCCAUGAGAACUUUGAGCUCAUCAACCACGAUGUGGUGGAGCCGCUGUACAUUGAAGUCAACCAGAUCUAUUACUUGGCCUCCCCUGCCUCCCCUCCAAACUACAUGUACAACCCCAUCAAAACCCUGAAGACAAACACUAUUGGGACCCUCAAUAUGCUGGGUUUGGCCAAGCGUGUUGGGGCCCGUCUGCUGCUGGUGUCCACCUCUGAGGUGUAUGGAGACCCGGAGGUACACCCUCAGAGCGAGGAUUACUGGGGUCACGUGAACCCCAUCGGCCCCUGUGCCUGCUACGACGAGGGCAAACAUGUGGAGGAGACCAUGUGCUAUGCCUACAUGAAGCAGGAAGGAGUGGAGGUAAGGGUGGCCAGGAUCUUCAACACAUUCGGUGCCCGGAUGCAUAUGAACGACGGCGGGGUGGUCAGUAAUUUCAUUCUGCAGGCUCUACAGGGAGAACCACUCACGGUGUAUGGGUCAGGAUCCCAAACAAGAGCCUUCCAGUAUGUGAGUGAUCUGAUGAAUGGGCUGGUGUCACUGAUGAACAGCAACAUCAGCAGCCCUGUGAACCUGGGAAAUCCAGAAGAACACACUAUAUUGGCAUUUGCUCAACUCAUUAAGAGCUUGGUUGGUAAUCAGAGUAUGAUCCAGUUCCUCCCUGAGGCCCAGGACGACCCCCAGAGGAGGCGCCCUGACAUCCUCAAGGCCAAGACGCUGUUGGGCUGGGAGCCCGUGGUACAUAAAGAGGAGGGUCUGAAUAAAACCAUUCAGUACUUGAAGAACUGGAACACAAGGCCAACAAUCAGUAAAUCCCCAAACCAAAAUCGGCUUGCAUGA